AUGGCCGACACCAAACUACAGGAUGCGGUGGACAGGAUGGUGGACCGCCUGGACCGCACGCUCCUUCGCGGUCUGCAGCGCGAUGGCUAUCUGUGUGCGGCCAAGGUGUUCGAGAACAAGAGCUGGUCAUCGGAGCAGCUCGCAGCGGCCGUGGAGCGCUGCCAGAUGCCAACGCAGCAGCUGAACCAGUUCAUGCAGCAGGAGAUGCAAACCUUCCAGAACCGCAUCCAGCGUUGCGUGCAAGACUGUCAGGAUAAGGCGCAGGACUCAUUUCCUGCCGGUGGCAACCCCAGUGAGAAGCAGAUUGCUCGCGCCCAGAAAGACAUGGAUACGUGUGUUGGCCGCUGCGUGGACUCGCACGUGAGUCUGCUGCCCAACAUCAGCUCGCGUAUCGAGCAGGCUGUGGCCCAAGUCAAGCAGCAGCAGCAGCAGUAAGCAACACGCAAUAGAGAGGAGGAGCGCUCUUUGCUGCUCUUUUAUAUACUGC